GGAAUAAUUAUUUCAAAAUAAAUUUUUUUUGGAACGAAAGAGCGCCACUCUGUAUCGAUUUUUGCAUUUAAGAACUUGGAGUUUUAGCACGUGGAAACGUAUCGGGUGAAAGAGCAGCAGAUUUUGACGACAUUACUUACGCGUGGGCCAGGUCACAAUUCUCGAGUGAUGGAACCUUCUGCGCCAGACGAAGCGCCUAGAGAUCCCGGAGCUUUGAUUACCCAUCCUAGUUACACAGACCAGGAUUUCGAGGGUCACAGAGCUCACACUGUAUACGUAGGCUUGCACGUUCCUGGUUAUCGUAGGAGGAGUCAUCAUCGUCGCCAUCAUCGUCAUCAUAAAAAUGGUCAAAAGAAACGAGAAGAUGGGACUACUGCGGAUUACAACAAUGAAUUCCAUAAGCCAGUUACACCACCAGCAGAGCGUGUUCAUUUUAUUCUUGGAGAGGACGAAGAUGGUACACAUGAAGCUCAUCCACUGUUCAGUGAGAUGGAAGAAUUACAUGGAGAUGGAGAUGAUAUGGAGUGGAGAGAAACAGCAAGAUGGAUUAAGUUUGAAGAGGAUGUUGAAGAAGGCGGUAAUCGAUGGUCCAAACCACAUGUUGCUACCAUAUCCUUACAUUCCUUAUUUGAACUCCGAAGUUGUAUUUUAAAUGGCACAGUUAUGUUAGAUAUGGAAGCACAAAAUUUAGAACAAAUUUCUGAUGCUCAAGCAGAUAUAUAUUUUUAUUUAGAUGAGAACUGA